UAGUAAUAAAAAAGUGAUCCGAACACAAACAAAAAAAAAAAAACAACAGAAAAAACCCGCCCGAAUUAGCGCGCGAGGCAAGGCUUAAAAAGGGCGGCUGCUGCCCGGCCAGAAUCCGCCUGUUUCCUCCUCUUCCUCCCGCCGCGUAUUGCCACGCACCCCUCUGACUCUCUCCCCCCGCUGCUCCGUACACGCCUUCUGCGCACGCCCUGGGGGAGCUUGGGCCACACUCCGCAUCUACUUUAUAUCAUACUCUGUACGUUCUACCAAGUACACGCGAUAAACAGUCUACUGUUGUCUCUGCGUGUCAUCGAGCUCGGAUUGGGCAUGCUGCUCCCGAUCUUCUCCUUUGUUCCCCAGCGAUUGACAUUUGCCAAGCAAUGACAGACCAAGACAGCUCAUAUUACAGACCCCGAUCGCCCGACUUCUCUUCCUUCCAGCCCGCUUUCUCCCCCCCGUCCUUCAGCCCCGGCAACCCUCUCCACAACGGUCCCUUCUCGCCCUACCCACUCCCCAGCCCGCUAGAACAUCGCGCUUCCUACGACGCCUCCCCAUUCUUCUCUCCGCAGUACCAACGCUCGUCUGCCGUGCCUUCCCAGCAAUACGUGCCCCAAUUUGCUCCCAUCGACUCCAGCGACGACAUGGCUCGUCGAUCCGCUCGUCUCUCCGCGCGUUCGGCCGCCGAACCCGCUGUCGUUGCACCUGUACCAGGACCGGCAUCCGCCUCCAUACCAGACAUGAAAUAUACCUCUCCAGCGCCUCCUUCUCUCGCUCCUCCUCCUGCUAAUACAAUACAAACAACAACUGUUGUCCCAUCGCAAGAGCCGGAAAAAUUUCCCGCUCCCAAUAUAGAAGUCAAGACCAAGUUUCCCGUCGCGCGCAUCAAGCGUAUCAUGCAGGCAGAUGAGGAUGUCGGCAAAGUCGCGCAGGUGACCCCAAUUGCUGUCUCCAAGGCUCUAGAACUAUUCAUGAUCUCCCUCGUUACAAAGGCUGCCAAGGAGGCCAAAGACCGCAGUUCAAAACGCGUCACGGCCGUGCACUUGAAACAAGCCGUGGCCAAGGACGAAGUAUUGGACUUCCUGGCCGACAUCAUCGCCAAGGUCCCGGAUCAUCCCGCGAGUGCGCGGAAACACGAGGACGAUGGGAGUGACCAUAACGAAGGCAGGAGAAAACGAGGUGGUAGACGACCAAAGGAGGAGAGUGAUUGAUCUGCUGUUUUCUUCGUUACUUCAUUUUUCUAGCACCCUUUGAACGAAUUGAUGGUUGGGCAUAUUAGAUCUGGAAGGGGAGCGGGCGCAUAUGUCGUGGCGUUUGUAGGGACGGCUCUCUGCUGGGUUUGCAUUUUCCAUCUGGAUACUGCUUUUUUCUUUCUCUUCGCUACGUUCUACCCGGAAGAUAUUCCAUUUAAUCUCGUCCUCGGUCCGUGUUCUGGUUGCAUAUUUCAAGUAAAAAGUAGUGGAUAGAGCAUCGAAUUCUGUGGCCAU